GGCCGGACCCCAGCGGCGGGUGUGAGAGUCGGUCAGGAGCCGCUUCCAGGAUACUGAGAUCCGGAGAAGCCGGGGUCAGAGCGGCUCCUCAAGAGUUACUGAUCUAUGAAAUGGCAGAGAAUGGAAAAAAUUGUGACCAGAGACGUGUAGCAAUGAACAAGGAACAAUAUAAUGGAAACUUCACAGACCCUUCUUCAAUGAAUGAAAAGAAGAGGAGGGAUCGGGAAGAGAGGCAGAAUAUUGUCCUGUGGAGACAGCCACUCAUUACCUUGCAGUAUUUUUCUCUGGAAAUCCUAGUAAUCUUGAAGGAAUGGACCUCAAAAUUAUGGCAUCGUCAAAGCAUUGUGGUAUCUUUUUUAUUGCUGCUUGCUGUACUUAUAGCUACGUAUUGUGUUGAAGGAGCACAUCAACAGUAUGUGCAACGUAUAGAGAAACAAUUUCUCUUGUAUGCCUACUGGAUAGGCUUAGGAAUUUUGUCUUCUGUUGGGCUUGGAACAGGGCUGCACACCUUCCUCCUUUAUCUGGGUCCACAUAUAGCUUCAGUUACAUUAGCUGCUUAUGAAUGCAAUUCAGUUAAUUUCCCUGAACCACCUUAUCCUGAUCAAAUUAUUUGUCCAGAUGAAGAGAGCAUUGAAGGAACCAUUUCUUUGUGGAGCAUCAUCUCAAAAGUUAGGAUUGAGGCCUGCAUGUGGGGUAUCGGUACAGCAAUUGGAGAGCUGCCUCCAUAUUUCAUGGCCAGGGCAGCUCGCCUCUCAGGUGCUGAACCAGAUGAUGAAGAGUAUCAGGAAUUCGAAGAAAUGCUGGAACAUGCAGAGACUGCACAAGACUUUGCUUCCCGGGCUAAACUGGCAGUUCAAAACCUAGUACAGAAGGUUGGAUUUUUUGGAAUUUUGGCCUGUGCUUCAAUUCCAAAUCCUCUAUUUGACCUGGCUGGAAUAACAUGUGGACAUUUUCUUGUACCUUUUUGGACUUUCUUUGGUGCAACUCUGAUUGGAAAAGCAAUAAUUAAAAUGCAUAUCCAGAAAAUCUUCGUUAUAAUAACAUUCAGCAAACACAUAGUGGAGCAGAUGGUGGCUUUCAUCGGUGCUGUCCCCGGCAUAGGUCCAUCUCUGCAGAAGCCAUUUCAGGAAUAUCUGGAGGCCCAGCGGCAGAAGCUUCACCACAGAAGUGAGAUGGGCACACCGCAGGGAGAAAACUGGUUGUCCUGGAUGUUUGAGAAGUUGGUCGUUGUAAUGGUGUGUUACUUCAUCCUGUCCAUCAUUAACUCCAUGGCACAAAGUUAUGCCAAACGAAUCCAGCAGCGGUUGAACUCAGAGGAGAAAACCAAAUAAGCAGAAAAAGGUUCUAAUGGCAGAAAUUAGAGAUGAGUUCUGCCUUAACUUGGGAGGACUCCAAACCAGGAAGGAAAAUACCCUUUUCCACCCUAUAUCAAUUUAAAAAAAAAAAUGUUUUGUUUUGUUUUGUUUUCUGAAAACAGUUUAGUCCAUAUUUUGCACUGACACACUUUUCCUUUGUGUGUUAAGGUAAGGUAUCCACCCUCAAUUCAAUCCAGCUUGUGUUUUAUUCAGGUGGAACGUGAUGUUCAGCAGCGAACUUAACAGAAACCGGGCUUUUCUUUGUUGCUUUCAGAAGGCCCACGUGGUACAAUUAAAGAAUUCCGGACACCAAAAACUAGUUCCUAAGUAUGUUGAGUAUGUCAAGCCUUUUAGGCUUGUCAGAAGUGACUCCUUUGUUUUUCUAAGUCAUUAAAGUGUGUAUAAAUUAUACUAGAUUGGAUAACGGUCUUGCAUGUCUAUCAUGGUAAAAUUUAUUUAAUCCUGUCCAACCCUUCCUCUCCUACCUUAAAAAAAAGGCCAUCUUAUGAUGCAUUGCACACCCUCUUGGGAAACUGAUCUUUAAAUUUUGAGACAGUAUAAGAAAAUUCUGAUUGGUGUCUCACGAAUGAGCUGACACCAUUUUUUAUUCUGUAUAUUUAGAAUGAAGUCAUGAACAAACUUUAUAAAGACAUCUUUGAUCAUUCCAAAAUUGUGUCCGUUUUCUUGAGCGUUUUGAUUUUUUGCUUCCCUUUAGCUACUUCCAACUAAUGGGCGGCUUUGCCAGAUCUACCUACAACCAUAAUUUCUUCAACCGUUGUUUACUUACGUGUAGGAGCCACCACCGAGGCACUUUCUUGUUAACCUGGAAUUGGGGCAGCUUGCUACACAUUGAUGAAAUGGCUCCCUAGGGAUUGACAUAGCGAGGGGUUCGUGAAAACAGGAGAAAUGAAAGUAUACAAAUUAAAGGGCACUGGAGAGAGAAAUAACUCGUUUUUUCAAAAAACCACACUUUCUCCUGUCUGUGUUCGUUUUAGCUCAGCAUGUUCUCUGUUUCUGACAAAAAUUUAGUUUUAGAAUGUAACCUAAUUUUCUUUCCUUUCUUCAGUGAGUGUUAUGUUCUUUUGGGAUGUUUCCAGUUGAACUUGGUUGUUUCGUUUUGCCUGGGAGGAAAAUAAACAAUUUCACUUUUUUUCUUUAGGAAAAUCUUUUCUGACAUUAUGUUAAAAGUAGAAUCGGGUUUAAAUCGCAACAGGCCAGAAAUGCCUGAUUGUUUUAUCAAAUCCUGCCUGAAUGUCUACUUAGUUUGCCUACCGUCGUGACAUCUCCAUGGCUGUACCACCUUGUCGGGUAGCUUAUCAGACUGAUGUUGACUGUUGAAUCUCAUGGCAACAGCAGUCGAUGGGCUGUCUGACAUUCUGGUAUCUCUCAUCUGACCAUCCAUACCAAAUAUUCCCAUUUAAACAUUACCUAGCCUCAUGGUUUAUGACAAAAAAAACUCUCGUCCUUAAGUCUAGUGGCACUUUGAAUCUUUUAUGCCAUGAUAUUGCAGCAGUAUUGAGAAGAUUUUAUGGAAAAUUGGGAUGGUCUCCAUGACCACAGCUAAAUAAAGGACAAACAACCUGCCUUGUGGGUUUUGAAAAGGUUAUUAUUCUUAACAAUCUUUUUUUUUUUCUGCCCAGGGACCUUGUGGUAAUGUGAUUGUUCCUUUAUUUGCAAAGCGGUACCCAGGUUUUAUGUUAAAUAGAUUCACGUUAACCAACAAAAUUUUUUAGAUUUUUUAGGGUUAGCAUAAACUUCUAAGUCAGCUUCCAAUUGUGUGUCAUCUCUUUCACCUGCAUUUUAUUUGGUGUUUGAAGAAAGGAAAGAGGAAACCCCGUAUGAAUUAUACUAUAUGUACUAAAUCUUCCAGGUUUAUUGGUAAACUUAUUUCAGGGUACAGUGUUUCGAAAAAAAGAAACAUUUCUUAGACUGAGGAGCUAAGUAAUACAUUUGACUUAUUAUGAUAAUGGUUUGUUCACUCUUUCAAAUGAGUUUGCCUUGAAAACAAACAAAAAACAGCUGUCCCCCUUUCCUCCACAAAGCGUUCAGGUGGGACAUGCUCAGAUGAUCCUGCUGGAUUCCAGCUGGCACAGAACGUUACCCUUCUGUUCCAGUGGUUCGGUUCGUUUGUCCCUUUCUUGUAUCCACCAAAGUGAACAGAAACAACUACAUGAUCCCCAAAACAAACCCAGUUGAUUCCAGUUGGUGGGAGACCAGAAAAUUUGUGAGUGGAUGGUUUGAUAUUACUGCAAAUUUAAAAAAAGCAGGGGGGGGGGUGGUGGUGCCUGGGAAUUCUAAUUCCAUCUAAUUUAAGUGUCAUUUUGUGCCUUACAUUUCUGUGGUACUUUAUCGUGUCUCUCAACUCCAUGGCUGUCAAAACAAUACAGUACGAUAUAAUGCAAUACAUCCUCAGUUUAUACACUUAUGUACCGAGGAACACCUCCCUAGAAACAGUAAUGUGGGAAACGUGUAGUGUUUGACAGAAAGAGAGAUUUGGAUGAUGGCCACUCCUCAUCUUCUAAAAAUCAGAAAAAGGUACGGCUGGAGUGCAGUUUCUGAAAUACACUAGUUCCGCAGAUGCAGUAAGUAGGAAGCGCUCCCACAUGAACAACCUCUGCCUGUGUUUCCGCUGUGCUCUCUGCUGGCUGUAGCUGUAGUAGGACUGCCGUGAGGCUGGUCUUCGCUUUCACUACUCAGCAGUGAUUCCUUCGAGGACAAUUAAUGCAUUAGGCUAAUUAGAAUAACGUGUUGUCCUCUUGUGCCCUGGGGUGAAUUGUGUUUUGACUGACCCAUGUGUAAAGAGCUCAGAGGAGUUCCCAGCCUCUUACAGUCAAAAAGCCGUUCCAUAGAUUUUGAAACCCACUCGCCUCCAUGUGCAACGGUCUAUGUUACUGAUGGCUUAUAGUUCUGCCUCUAACAUGUGACUUUGAGAAAGUCUUAAACUCGGAGCCUAGAUUUCAUCUAUAGGAAUAGAAAUAGGUUGUUGUAAUGAUUAAAUUGGAUAAAAUGUGAAGUACUACCAUAAUUGUUGGCGUGUUCUCAGUUUUUAACUCGUCAAAGACCGCAUUUGAUACACAUGCAAAAAUUUUACAUUGCAUUUGCUCGGAAAACAUGUUUUUAUUUGGUAGGCUCCACUCCCAACGUGUGGCUUGAACUCACAACCCCAAGAUCAAGUGUUGCAUGCUCUAUAGACUGAGCCAGACAUGUGCCCCAAUAUAUGCGUUUUAAAUACUGUCUGCAGGUAUGCCCUUGUUUUGAUGUAAAUCUGCUCUUUCUAAAGAAGUUAAACCCAAAUAUAAAUAAAGAGAAAGGCAGAAAUUAAGGAACCAAUUGACUUGAUAAAAACAAAACCUUGUUAAAUCUAAAAUUAACCCCCCAGUGAGGCAACAAAGUACAAAGCACAGAUACACAAAAUUUACUAUAAUUGAAAAUACUUUUCUAACCUUACAUCCUUAAAAUAUUGACAUUUUCCUAAUUUAGUUUUUAUUAUAAAAUACUAAAGGGGCGCCUGGGUGGCUCAGUCGAUCAAGCUUCCAACUCUUGGCGUCAGCUCAGGUCAUGAUCUCACAGUUUGUGAGUUGGAGCCCCAUGUCGGGCUCUGUGCUGACAUCGCAUAGCAUGCUUGGGACACUCUCCUAAAAUAAAUAUAAAUAAACUUAAAAAAAUAAAAUACUAAAGGGUGCCUGGGUGGUUCAGUUGGUUGAGCAUCUCCCUUCAGCUCAGGUCAUAAUCUCGCGGUUCAUGAGUUUGAGGCCCUUGUCCGGCUCUGCUGACAGCUUGGAACCUGGAGACUGCUUCAAAUUCUGUCUCCCUCUCUCUGCCCCUCACCCGCUCACACUCUGUCUCUCUCUCUCUCUCUCAAAAGUAAAUAAACAUGUAUGUAUAUAUAUGUGUGUGUGUUUGUGUAUACGUACAUACACUAAGGGGUGGCUCAGUCAAGUCGGUGGCUGAGUCUGGCCGGCUCAGGUCGUGAUCUCACAGUUCAUGAGUUUGAGCCCCACAUCGGGUUCUGUGCUGAUAGUGCAGAGCCUGGGGUCUGCUUCAGAUUCUUUGUCUUUCUCUCUCUCUGCCCCUCCCCCGCUUGCUCACUCUCUCAAAAAUAAACAUUAAAAAAUAAAAUACUAAAAGAAAUCUAGAAGGUAGAGAAAAAAGGAAUAUCUGCUUUUUUUUUUUACAUUUUUUUAAUGUUUAUUUUUGAGAGAGAGUGAGACAGAGUGUGAGUGGGGGAGGGGCCGAGAGAGAGGGGGAUGCAGAAUCUGAAGCAGGCUUGAGACUCCGAGCUGUCAGAGCCUGAUGUGGGGCUUGAACUCACAAACCAUGAGAUCAUGACCUGAGCCGAAGUCAGAUGCUUAACCAACUGAGCCGCCCAGGUUCCAUCUAGAAUAUGCAGUGAGGUGAGCACUGGGUGUUGUAUGGAAACCAAUUUGACAAUAAAUUUCAUGUAUUUAAUAAAUAAAUAAAAAAUAUUCAGUGAGGUUUGUUGGGUAUAGUGAAAACAGUUUAAAAAGUUGGCAUGUGGGACCUUCCUCAAUAGACCUAAAAGUCUCAUUUUUGUUAGAAAACAAAAGUAUUGGUUUGUUUUAUUCAUAAAUAGUUAUUAAUGUGCUCACAAAAAGUUAAAUCAACCUAAGCAGGAAUUAUUUUUUUUAAGUAGGCUCCACACCCAAUGUGGUGCUCGAACUCGAAACCCCGAGAUCAAGAGUCGCUUGCCCUACGGACUGAGCCAGCCAGGUGCCCCUAAGCAGGAGUUCAAUAGCCAUUUUUGAAAGCCAAGUAGCAUUCCAUUUCUAACUGACAAUGAUCAAAACUCGGAUAUUCAUAAAACAUGGUAAAUGAAAUGCUAAGCAAAAAACUUGCAUCUGAAGUGUUUGUUCCUUUAUUCUCAAAGACAACAAGAAAAGAAAGCACAUGAAGUACUCGAACAUUCUAAAAGUGAUUGAGUCAUUUGCGUCUGGUAGUUGAGGCUUCGGUUGCUGCCCUUCCCAACAAGGCCAGGAGUUCACCUGAGGUAACGCGUUUGCCUUGGGGGUGAGGCCUUGAAUUGCAGCAAAUAACAUACAUGUAUUUGCAUAUUCAACCAAUACUCAUAAAAGGGAUUAUAAUGAAAACCUGUUCUGGACAGCUGCUUACUCAUUGCCUUUAGAAUUGUGUGGUGCUGGGAUAGGCAGGUGCCAGCUGUUUGCUCAUUCUCUUUGACCUACUAGCCUUGCACAGUUUGCUGUGUGGAUGUUGACACUACUAAAUUAAAAGAAAUUUAUUUUAGGUGGCCCCCGCUCUCCACCCAAACACCCUGGAUUCAUUUGAGAUCUGGGAUUCUAAUUCUGUAGUUGGGAGACUGGCCCAAACUGUGGCCCAGUGUGAGUCAGUUGUAAGUGGCUGGCUGACUCUAUGGGAACAGGAAUGAGAUGCAGCUUAGACGGUUUGUCAGCCAAAUCCACAAAUGUGUGGCUUUUUGAAACAUUGGACAUCUGUUCCUUUUAAUUUAAAAUAAACUUUUUUAAAAAGCACAAA